GGCGGGGGUAGGGGGGGGGCAGGAGUGUGGGAAGCCCUUGGGGGUGAGUGUGUGAGCGCUGCAUGUUUGCAGUGAGCAUCCAGCUGGGCGAGCAGGGGAGCCUGGGGGGGGUGGGGGGGGUGUCAGAGGUCUGGGCAGGGGCGUGGGGCGCACAGAGGGGCCGCGCCGCUGCUCAAGGAUCUGCAAAGGUGCGUGUGAACCCGAGGGUGUUGCAGGUGUGCCUGCGCUGGGGACCUCCCGCCGCUGCCAGCCCCCCCGGGGGGACGCGGCUGCCUGUGCUGGUGGGCGACUGGGUCCUGCCGGCGGGUGCUGCUGAGGGCAGGCUGUGACCGGGGGGGGACACAUUUCACUUCAUCGCUGGCCGGCCCUGCAGGCAGGAGGUUCAGCAGCAGCCCCCACCGCGCCAUGCCCACGCCACCACGCGACGGUGGUCCCCGAUUGAACAGUCCCUGCCCAGCCAGUCUGUCCCCAGCCCUGCCAUCCCGGGCCCCCUCGCCCAGCGCCAGGCAGCGCGGCAGCGGGCAGCGGGUCCCCUCGCGCUACGCUUUAUUUUGUGCUCAACUGGCGUGGGCUUCCAGAGUGAUGGGACAAAGCAGAGUGGGUGCCCCCUCCCGAGUUCCCUACGGGCAGCAGCGAGGGUGGGAUGCAAAGCCCGGCACCUGCUGUCCCCCAUUUACCGGUUGAGCAAUGGAGGCAACACAUGCCCUGCAAACAUCUCCAUCCUGAAACCCCUUGGCAGCACGACACAUCCGGGCAAGCAGUGCCUGUAAGGAGCCAGACCCCUUCCCUCAUCACGGUACACAGCCUGGACACCCAGAGCAUGGCCACUGGUCUGUGGCUGGUGUCCCCAGGUGACAUCCCACGGGGCUGGAGGUGCACAUGGUGCCGCUGACCCAGGAGGGCUCUGAGCAUCCUGCCACAGGCAGAUACAGCCUCUUCCAGCAGGGCAGCGGGUCCUUAUCACCCACACACAGCUGGCCGAAGGGAGGGGAGAUGCCGCAGAUCCUGUGAUGCGAACAGGACAGGGGCACUGCAGGAACGUCAUCGGGGGACUCCCAAAUUCAAGUGUUAGAUGAGGUCACACGCCCGCCGGCAGGUUCAGGGCAUGGCAGGCGGUUGCCGAGGGGAGGGGAGGUGGAAGCUCCGGUGGUGUGGUGCCCUACAGAGUGGCAAAGGUGCCCAACUCCCAGCUGUGUUCUCCAGGCCAUCCAACCCCUCUGGACUUAGAUCUGCUCACUCAAACAGGCUGGGAAUGCUGUGCAAGCCCAGUCUGGCCAGGAGCCGACGCGGAGGUCAGGGGCGUGGAGAGCAGACUGAAGACCUUCAGACCCAUCCAAAACCUUUCCUAGCGUAAGCCCGCAGGGAAUCCUGCCUCUCCUCCCGCUGAUUUUCUGCAGACCUGCUGGUAUCCAGGAUGGAGAGUGAAGAGAGGGAGACCCUGGCCAAUGAGGUGGAGGAGAUGAGUGGAAGAGCUGACAUGACCCUGGACCCAGACACUGCCAACCCCUUCCUCGUCCUGGCUGGUGACCAGAGAGGUGUGGGACGGGGGGACGCGUGGACCUCGCUGCCUGACAACCCCGAGCGGUUUGACACGGAGCCGUGCGUGCUGGGCAGCCAGGGCUUCGCCGCGGGGAGGCACUGCUGGGAGGUGGAGGUGGCUGAGGGGGGAGACUGGUGGGCUGUGGGGGUGGCCCAGGAGUCUGUCAGGAGGAAGGGGGUCCUCAGUUUUACCCCCCAAGAGGGGAUCUGGGCUGUGGGGCAGUGGUUUGGGCAAUACCACGCUUUCACCGACCCUGACUGGACCCCCCUGCGCCUCGCCUGCCUCCCCAGGGCCAUCCAGGUCUGCCUGGACUUUACGGACAGGCAGGUGGCAUUUGCUGAUGCCGAAAACGAAGCCCCAAUCUUUGCUUUCUGCCUGGCUUCACGUCCUGGGGAGAGACUACGCCCCUGGCUCUGGGUGGGGAUGGACUCGUGGCUCAAGCUGUGCCCCUGAGGUGGAGCGUGGGUGCGGGGGCGAGACUGAAAAAGCGAACACCAGGACCUUGGGUCUCGGCACUGGGAACUGGGAGGGUCCUGCACCUUCUCCUCGCACGGUUCCUCUGGCCACCAAGGGGGAGGACUGGCAGGUCUCAGAGAUGGACGCCACCAAAGAGCCUCCUUCAUCCCCUCCACCCCACAGCUGGGACGGCAAAGACAACGGGGAGCACGGAGAUUCGGCGCUUGGAGGAGCUUGGUGCCGAGUGGCCUCAGGGCAAAGAAGUGGUGUCAAGUGCUGGGGCACUGCAGAGCUGCUCUGUACAAGGCCAUGAAAAAUACAGCGGGUUCAAACUCCUUAAAAGGUGCUGGAGUAGCGUCUCUGGCUUUUCUCAAUUAAUCUUAAUGAUUAAGUUAAAAAAAAACAAACAACCCAAACACAGCUGGGUGCUGGAGCUCAUGAUAACGCUUAUCUUCUCCCUACACCCAAAGCCUCUCCGCGCUGUAUUUUCAGUUCUCAGUGACGCGUGCAUUAAGCGCAUUUCUUACAGCAAAGCACUAGUGAAAGCUACAGGGGCAGCCAAGGGAGGUAAGUAAGAAAUCGAGAAGCGUCUGAAGUCCGCAGGCAAGGCAAACCCCGCAGAUCUGCCCUUCUCUGGUCCCCCCGUGAAGGUGCAGCAGAACCUCACCUGCAGGGACUCACGUCCUGACAGCUGACACUCCUUCAUCAGGCCAUCCCGAUGAAUAGUCUGCUUGGAGAACUUAGCAGCAUUUUCUCUCAAUCUUGUUUUAAUCUGCUUCUCCAGCUCUCGCGGCUGAGAUAGCACCAAGCACUCUUGUUCCUCCAGGCACCGUCGCUGCUGCUUAAAUUCAGGCACAGUCUUCUGCCUCUCCGCCUCCCCUUUUCCUUCACGAGCAGGAACAAUCCUCUCGAGGGAGGCUGGGACCGUGCAAAGGGACGGGAAGCGAUUAAAAGCAUCCACGGCUUUUACUUUCUGGUGUGGAGCACGGCUGUGAUUCCCAAGGGUGCAACCAUCACCUUAUCGUGCACCAACAGCUGGACACGACGACUCAAUCUCCCAGCUCCCAAGAAUCCACCCUUCUUUACCCUCCCCAAAUGAACUUCUUCCCGGUAGCACCAUGUACCUACCAGACAGUCCUGGCAGAUCCGCCUCCCCUUCCCGUUUCUCCAGUUCUCCUUUCUCUCUCCUGAGGCUCUCCAGCUGCCACUGUAUUUGCUCCUGGAAGAAGAGACAUCCUUUAGGAGCUCCCCACCGCACGCACAUACGCUUUGCAUCCAUAUAAUAGUCCGUGCCCUGGCUUGGACAUAAGCGGCCUCCGGCACAGUCAGCCUCGGGACCUGCGGGUCCAAGAGGCUCACAGGGGUCGGCAUGACUGAAAAGCGAUGAGGGAGCGUGUAGGGGAAGGGGACUGGGGAGAAACCGAGGAGGAACAGGCAGAAAGGGGUACAAAAGGGACCGGUCGUGGGUAAAAUGGAGCUGGACACUGCUCUCAUCUGACCCAGCCCUGUGCCCGAUCACUGCAGUCGGUCCCACCUUCCCGUCAAAUCCUUUCUUAACUGCCUUUUUGCGUGAUCUCUGUAUCCUGUUGUCGUGGUUUCGGCCGAAUUGGCCAACGGCCGGCGACAGAUGCUCUCCCCCCGCCUCUCGUACACGGAGAGGAGGAGGAGAGAGAUGGAGAUUUGCGAGUUUAGAAGAAACUAAACUUCUUUAAUCAAAUAUUAAUAAUCGAAUAAAAAGGAAAUAAUGAAAUAGA